CGGAUAGGCCCAGCGCAGGCGGGUACCAAUAAACGAUGGUCCGCUUCAAGAAUCGCUACGUGAUCGUGGACAUGACGUCGAUGCGAAAGCUGCCGAACGUGCAGCCACGAGACAUCUAUGCGCUCGUGAUAGGCGCUAUCGGCAACAACUUUGGCGACGUCGGAGCAGGGCUCAUGCAGCAGUCGACCCAAGUGGUGUACUACAAUGCCGCCACUCACAUUGUUGUCGUACGGUGUGGUCGAGAGUAUGCCACAUGCAUCCAGGCCUGCCUGACGUUCAUCACGGAACUCCAUAACCAAGACAUCAAGUUCGAGACGCUUCGUGUUUGCGGGUCCAAUCGCACAUGCAAAGACGCCCUUCUUGCCAUCUCUCUGCAACGAAUCGACAAUGCCACCGCCCGCGACGCCAUCACCCGCGAGAUUGACGCGCUUGAACAAAAGGAUUAAGUCACACUAAUUGCAGGAUAUACAGUAUUUACCCACCAA